CGCGCGGCCGGCGAGCCCCGGGAGCGCGCAGCAGCGGCGGCGGCGGCGCAGUGCGCAGCGGAGCGGGUGGUCCGUGGGUCGGGCUGUCCGUGGGGCUGUCCGUGGGGCUGUGGGGCUGUCCGUCGGUCGCGAUGUGACCCCCGGUGCCACCAUGGCCCUGGCGCCGGCUGGAGGGGCCCGGCAGCACCCCACAGCUCGGGGGGCGCGCGGGGAGGAGGAGGCGGACGAGGCCCCCCCGGCACCGCUCCCCACCCGCUGCAGAUGAACGCCCUGGGCCAGGUGCUCGCAGGACACCAGCGAUCGCUGCGCACUGAGGCCGGCCGGGAGACAUGAGCGGCAGCACGAGCCAGCGCGCCGCCGUCUUCGUGGUCCUCUUUGCCCUGCUCAUGCUGCUGAUCAUCUACAGCUCCAGCAACGGGACCGAGGUCUUCCCCUACGGCGCCCUGCGGGGCCGAGCCCGCCGGCCCCCCGACCUGCGGCGAUGGGGGGUGAGCAGCGGGUACCUGCCCGUCUCCGGGAACAAGAGCCUGAGCGCCCACUGCCACCAGUGCGUCAUCGUCACCAGCUCCAGCCACCUCCUGGGCACCCGCCUGGGCUCCGAGAUCGACCAGGCCGAGUGUGCCAUCCGCAUGAACGACGCCCCCACCACGGGCUACGAGGUCGAUGUGGGCAACAAGACGACGUUCCGCGUGGUGGCCCACUCCAGCGUCUACCGCGUGCUGAAGCGGCCCCAGGAGUUCGUCAACAAAACCCCAGAGACCAUCCUCAUCUUCUGGGGGCCGCCCGCCAAGAUGCAGAAGAGCCUGCUGAAGAUCAUCCAGCGCGUCGGGGCCUCCUUCCCCAACAUGACGGCCUACGUCGUGUCCCCCCGCCGCAUGAGGCAGCUGGAUGAGCUGUUCCGGGGGGAGACGGGGAAGGACAGGGAGAAGUCGCGCUCGUGGCUCAGCACGGGCUGGUUCACCAUGGUGAUCGCGGUGGAGCUGUGCGACACCAUCCACGUCUACGGCAUGGUGCCCCCCAACUACUGCAGCCCGCUCUCUGCCCGCAGCCGGAGGCCGCAGCCCCGCCGCAUGGCCUACCACUACUACGAGCCCAAGGGCCCCGACGAGUGCACCACCUACAUCCACAACGAGCGCAGCCGCCGGGGCAACCACCACCGCUUCAUCACCGAGAAGCGCGUCUUCGCCAGCUGGGCCGGCCUCUACAACAUCACCUUCUCCCACCCCGCCUGGCCAUAGGGCGGCCGCGCCGAGCGGGGACCCUCGGGGACGGGAACGGGGUCCCUUUGGGGUGGGGUCUCCAUGGGUUGGGGUCUCCAUGGGUUGGGGUCUCCAUAGGUUGGGGUCUCCAUGGGAUGGGGUCCAGGCCACGCUGUGCGCCCCGGGGCUGUUGGAGCCGUCGAGGACCGCCUGCCACCGCUGUGCCCAAGGGCUCCACGUGCCCGUGGUGUGAAGGGUUUUGGGGUGGCGUGUCCCCUCCCGUGGGACAGCGGGCAGGGGAGCCGUGGGGACACCGCACGGGGGUUAAAUCCUGCACAGAUUUAAUCCAGCUCCAAACCUCCCCGGCUGCCUCGCAGCCCACCGCCCCGCAAGCACACCCGGGGGCACCGUAGGGGCUGCAUUGCUUUCACGGCAAAAUUUUGGGGACCCCCUCCCCGUUUUACUCCCCUCUGCCACCCCCUGCACUGCCAGCCCCAGCCCCCCCGGCACAAAUCCUGACGUUUUCGGUGGCGUCGCCCCCAGAGGGGGGGCCCUGCCCUGCCACCCAGGUAAGGAUCCACCCACGGGGUGCCCACCCCAAAAACCCCCGGCCCCGUGCUCGCUGCGGGGGGGGGGCACACUGCCAAAACCUUUUCUAUCGGCACAACGGGAAUUUGGGGCUUGGGUUUUUCUCUUUUUUCUCCCCCCCCACCUCCUUGUCCCGCUGUCUGUACUCGUUUUCCCUCCCCAAACUGAGUGCGUGGUGGUGGUGGGGGGCCAUGUACCCCCCCCACGCUUAGGGGGGGCUGUUAUUUGUCUCCUGGUGGUGGAAAAUUUGGGGAAAAUCCCUCAAAGUGGCGUGUUUGGGUGCUGAGCCCCAGCAGAGCGCAGCGCCGUGCCUCAGUUUCCCUGGGGCCGUGGCAGCGAGGGGGGGCCGGGAGGGGGAUGCACACCCCCUGUGCUGUCGGGGUUACCCCCGGGGGGGGGGCUCAGCCCCAUGGGGGGGUCACCCCGUGUUUUGUAGUGAUUUGUACAGAAUAAACCUUGCUGCAGUCUGUUGCCUUGG